GCAGACGUAGCCGCCUACUCUCCAGCAUCCUUGUUAACUGCUGUAUCAACAGAAAUGGGUGAAAGGUUCUCCAAACUGGAAUUUUUCUCUUUUCCCAACGCAAACCAGAUGUGUGCUCCUGGGCUGUACCCUGCCUUUGUGUCUCUCACUCCUUCCCCUUCUUUACCUCCCCCCACCCUCACCCUUUGUUCCUCUUCCUUUAAAAUGCUGCGGCUGCACGGCCCUCCCUUAUAUCGUCUAAAGGCCGGCUGAGAAGAUGCACGGUGCACUGCUGCUUCUGUCCCUGUGGGCUCUGACUGGCGCUGUGGCCCCCCAACCUGCCGGGUCCUGUCCAGAGAGACUGCUAGGAGACGAGAGAAGGAGAAGCUGCCCACGUCCCUGCAGGACAGACAGAGAUUGUGGCAAUAAGCGUCAGUGUCUGUGCGACGGUCAGUGUGGUCUCAGCUGUGUGGCUCCAGGUCGUACUUGUCCUUGGCCUCUGCCCUCCAGUGACAACGCUGUGGCUCGUCUCCUCUCUCCCACUCACUCCUUCUCGGCUCUGCUCGAAGUGCGUUGCAAACCAGGCUUCAUGCUUCCCAACGGGCUGGACACCACUAUUCGCCGUUGUCAGGGUGACCGUCAGUGGAGUGGCGACAAGCCCGUCUGCACAGAAACUCAGCCGUCGGAGCCUUCUUUGGUCAGCAGCUGCCCUCUACCUGAGGAAGUGAUGGACACCUUCAUCAUUCAGGGCGACGCUGCCGUUGGAACCUCCAUCCGCUACAGCUGCCUGUCAGGGGCCGGCAUCGUGGGCAGCAGUGAAAAUUUCUGUCAAGAUAAUGCAACCUGGCAGUAUCCUCACCCCAUCUGUGAAAAGGUAUACUGCCAGCCUCCUCGGGAGGUGGAGCAGGGCUACGUGGUGGCGGUCCAGAAGACUGAAUAUGAAGUGGGCUUCGACAUCCAUUAUCUCUGCAAAAAGAACUUCCUGCUGGAUGGACCACAGAAGGUCACCUGCCUGCCCAAUGGCAGCUGGAGCGCAUCACCUCCCCACUGCAGAGCUCGAUGCCUCAUUCCUGCAGAGAGAAGCCGCGUGCUGAUUGGAGGACAGAAGCGCUGGCCGUUCGACAUUACAGACGCCAUGGUACAUCAUGGCGAGACUGUCACAUUCUUCUGCAAGCAUCCUCGUAAACAGUGCGGCUACACCUCAACCCAGGUCUGCCUCGAUGGAAAGCUGCAGAGUCCGGCCUGCUACCUUGAACCCACGUGGCUGCAGUACAAACUCUUCCCUCACCGGCUGGUCUCAGAGAUUGAUGCAUGUGAGUCGGGUGAUGAGGAGUGAUGACUUCCGCCGUCCGACCUCCACCCACACAGCCCUCUGCCACAACAUGAACACAUCCUGACGAAGACCAGCACGCUCGCUGCACUGGCAGGCGAAGCUGUCUGACGGGAUGAGCCUUUGGCAUUUUUACCAUAGCCAAAGUUUUGAAUAGCACCUGUAUAUGUAUGUCUCGCUGAGUCAAUGACAACUGUUUCCAUUGCCCGCAUGUCUCAGGGCUGAAGGUUGCAGUGACGACAAUGCAACACUAUAAUUUCCAUGAUUUAGCAUCUGGUUCUAUGGCAGCACUUGCUGCUCUUCUAAAGUAACAGCGUAUUGUUAUCACUGGUACCAUCAGAUAAGCUACUGUAGCUUCAAUUGUCUCCACUCUUGAUGCUCUCACAUGUUUAUAUCAGCUCCAGCACCAGAAUUGCAGAGAUACAGCAGCUUGACCCAUGUCCUCCCACGACUCAUUUAACUUUUAGUCCUUGACUGACCUUUUUUGGAUUCAAAGAACACACCUGGACUUUGGUUUGGCUCUUUAAAUCAUGUAUCCUUACUCAGUUGGAAGCUCUGAGUCCCAGUCCAGGUGUAUUGUAGUCAAAGUGUGACAUACAGCCAUAAAGAUAGUAUGUGUACAGCCUCAGCUUAUAUUCAUGUUGAUGUGUCAGACUAUGACAACUGACAAGGAGAUGGACUGUGGAGCAAUUUCUGGUGUGUAAGGCCAUCAACUUUGUUUGCUAACAUUAGCAAUACGUGUUAUAAGUGCAUUUAAACACACAUGAUUCCGCUUUAAAGCGUUUUUGUUUCAACAGUGUGAUCAACUCAGGGUCCCUCCCACGGCUAAACCAGAGGUGUCCAGGCAUUCUUAUUCAUACUUGAACACAAACUUAAGUGGAUAAAUAUACCGAUCACCCAUCCCAAGAGGCAUCGACAUUAAAGAUGGUGCUGCACGUCCUAAUCAUCUGGAUAAAGAUGAUAGCUUCUGUUUUUGUUAAAUGAUUCUUUUUUAGGGAGUCAUGUCACAUCAGGUCACAUGAUUCCUUAUUGCAUUUAUUUCACAGUCAUUUCCUGUUGCAAUACAACAAUGGAACCAAAGGAAGCAGACAUCUUAUUGAUACCCUUGGGAAAGGUUACCUGGAGUCACCCAAUGGGCAGCAGGAAGUUGUCCAUUGGUGUGGUGGGAAUGUGGUUGUCCAUCAGUGCGUGGUCUGUGCUGACCCGUUCCAGUGUGACCCAUGUGUAACUGGGAUAGAUUCCUGAAUAACCGGUCAAGUCACCCAACCUUCAGCCUCCAGACGGCCAACAAUAUCUUCUAUUUUUACUGAGUGACUUGCCUCUUCUUUCUUUCUUUCACCUGCCCAGACGCAUCAAGCGUGAAGUCUAGUAAGUUUGAGUGGUUUGAAAUAAAAUGU